AAUGGAUUUUUUUGUCUCUAGCAUUAACACUCUAUUCAGUACUAUUUAUUUUUCAUCUGUUUCAAAUGGCAAACAGGGUAAAGAAGAAGAGGCAAAGUCCAUCUUAGAGAAGAUUUACCGUCCUGAAGAAGUUGAGGAUGAGUUGCAAUCCCUGCGAGCAUCGAUUGAGGAAGAGAAAAAGGAGCAAGUAGCAGAAGGUGGCUUCUUUGGCCAACUCAAGAAUGCCUGGAAGAAUGAUGUAGUCAGAAGGGGGCUGUAUGCUGGAAUUACGGUUCAGGUGGCUCAGCAGUUUGUGGGUAUAAACACAGUUAUGUACUACAGCCCAACAAUUAUCCAGUUUGCAGGAUUCGCAUCAAAUAAGACAGCAAUGGCACUGUCUCUCAUCACUUCUGGACUAAAUGCCAUUGGCUCCAUUGUCAGCAUGUGCUUCGUGGAUCGCUACGGGAGGAGGAGACUUAUGAUCAUUUCUAUGAUUGGGAUCAUUUCCUGCCUUGUGGUGUUGUCUAUUAUCUUUUUCCAGGCCUCUGUCACUGCCCCCAAAAUCAGCCCAACAGAGACUGCAUCUUUUGGUGGUAACUCCACUUGCGAAGCUUAUACAAAAGCCAAGGAUGCAACAGCUUGGGGCUGCGUGAGAUGUCUGCAGAAGGAAGCUGGUUGCGGUUACUGCUCAGCAGAAGGCGGCAUAUAUCAACCCGGGGCAUGUCUAGCAGUAAAUGAUGCGGUGAAAGGUGCAUGCCGAGCAGCAAAAAGAACAUGGUAUACAGAAGGCUGCCCAAGCAAGAUUGGAUUCUUGGCUGUAAUAUUCCUGGCUUUGUACAUCAUUAUCUACUCGCCCGGCAUGGGCACUGUGCCAUGGAUUGUCAACUCUGAGAUAUACCCACUCAAGUACAGAGGGAUUGGUGGAGGGAUUGCUGCUGUUGCAAAUUGGAGUUCAAAUCUGGUGGUCAGCGAGACAUUCUUAACACUGACUGACCAUCUGGGCUCCUCUGGAACCUUCCUAUUGUUUGCAGGGUUCUCAUUGAUUGGGCUCAUGUCUAUUUUCCUCCUCGUGCCAGAAACUAAAGGGCUGCAGUUCGCAGAGGUGGAGAAGUUGUUGGAGAAAGGGUACUCCCCUUUUAAGAAGAGUAGCAAGAAAGUAAAGAAAGAAAAGGAUGGUCACAGCAGUUAAUCUAUCCAGAAAUUCGCAUAAUGUUGGAAAACGGGCACAUAUAUCUAUUCAUCUAGUUUAAAGCAAUCUUCUACAGUUAUAGAUUUGUAGUUAACCAACUACCCUUAUAUUGGAAUGAAAGAACUAUUUCAAGUA